AUGGACAAGAACAGCGCACCCGGUCCCAACGGCUUUAAUGGCACUUUUUUUCAGCAUGCUUGGGAGAUUAUUGCUUCGGAUGUGGUUGGCGCGGUCCAACGUUUCUUCUCUCAUGGUUAUCUUCCUAACGGUCUCAAUGCUAAUUUUCGGUGCCUGCUCCCUAAGAAGCCGAACGUCGAGCUUAUUUCUGACUACAGGCCAAUCGUGCUCAGGAAGAACAUUGCUCUUAAAGUUGACAUUAAAAAAGCCUUUGACACUCUGGACUGGAACUUUAUUGACACGGUCCUUAAGGCGUUUGGCUUUCCGAUUAUUUUUUAUAAUUGGAUCCAAGCUAUCUUUGGUUCGGCUCAUAUUUCGAUUAUGCUCAAUGGCGCUCUGCAUGGCUACUUCUCUUGUAGCAGGGGUGUGUGCCUAGGGGAUCAUUUGUCUCCCAUUCUCUUCGGCAUCGCCGAGGACGUUCUUAGUCGCUUAUUUCAGGCUGCAGAUUCAGCUAAAUACAUAUCUUGUAUGCGCAUGUCGAGAUCAGAAUUCUUUCAUUCUCACUUACUUUAUGCUGAUGACGUGCUUCUCUUCUGUCAAGCUACUCGACGAAAUUGCAUUAUGGUGGAUUCUAUUCUUAAUAUCUACGCACAAGCUUCGGGGCAGAUGUGUAAUAAAGAAAAAUUCACCUUAUAUUUUGGCAAAGGCGUCUCCAUGGCUAGGAAACAUCGGUUGCAGUGCCUCCUUGGCUUCCGACCAGGCUCCAUUCCAUUUAUCUAUUUGGGGGUGCUGAUUUUCAGUGGUCGGGGGAUGCAAUUAUCUAUGGCUGGUCGUGCGUGCCUCAUCUCUUCAGUAAUCCACAGCGUUGCCACCCACAGCAUGAUGAUCUACCGAUGGCCUGCAAAGUUGCUUCACGAGCUUGACAAAGCAUGUAGGUCGUUCCUUUGGUCAGGGUGUAUUUCCAAACGUCCUACUUGCCCGGUGACUUGGAACAAAGUUGGUGCCCCUAAAUUGCAUGGUGGAUUGGGUAUCGCUCUUUCACUUCCAUUAAUGAGAGCUUUCUCUUCCGCCUCGGUUGGCAAAUUAUCACUGCCAGCUCUUUUGGCUUCGAGUUUUUCUGGCACCGCUAUCUGGGUAAAUUCUUCAAUUCUAUUUCGCCUUGGUUUACCUCUACUGUCUGGCUUAGAGUACGCUCGUCCAUCCAAAGCUUCAUUGAUGAUUCGUAUUGCGCCAUUGGCACUGGGGAGUCGAUUUUCUUUUGGACCGAUAACUGGUUGGGAUACCGCAUCACUGAUCGCCUACAGAUUCCAGCCUUCAUCAAGCCUUUUCUUGGUCAACGGGUCAGUUGAUUACUAUCACGAUGGGCGUUGGCACUUCACGGAACCUUUCGUUAAUUCUUUCCCAUAUAUUGUGUUUGACAUUAUCACCACUCCAGUUGACGGGCAAGCGGAUCAUCGCUCUUAG